AGAAAAAAAAGGAGAAAAAGAGCAGAAAAUAGAUGGCAGUGGAAUUGACUGUGCUAGCUCUAUCUUUGUUUUUUCUUUUAGCAUCAAAUGCUAAAGCACAAUCCAACAAUGUUGUUUUUGAUGUGAUGAAUUUUGGUGCAAAGGCAGAUGGAAAAACAGAUAUCAGUCAAGCAUUGAUGGCUGCCUGGAGAAAGGCCUGCGCAGUGGUUAGUCCUAGCAAAGUAGUGAUUCCAGAGGGGGAAUAUAUUUUGAGCCAGGUGACCCUGGCAGGCCCUUGUAAAGCUCCCUUGGAGGUUCAAGUUAGAGGAACCUUGAAGGCCACGGCAGAUCCUAGCAAAUUCAACAAUGUGCCUACUUGGGUUACUUUCCAACGCAUCGAUCGCUUCACAUUAUCUGGGGCAGGAACCUUUGAUGGCCAAGGUGGAAAAGCUGCUUGGGCACAAAAUGAUUGCAAACAAGUUGGAAGGUGCAACAAACUUCCCAUUAAUUUAAGAUUCAACGCCGUUAGCAAUGGAUUAGUGAGGGACAUAACCUCUGUGGAUAGCAAACAGACUCACAUUAACCUGUUGAGUUGCAAAAACCUUACUUUUGCAAAUAUCACCGUCAAUGCACCUGCUCAGAGUCCCAACACUGAUGGAAUUCAUAUCGGACGUUCGAGUGGGAUUAACAUUACUGAUUCAAGAAUCUCAACCGGCGACGACUGUGUCUCUCUUGGAGAAGGUAGCCAGAAGAUUACCGUAAGAAGAGUAACAUGCGGACCUGGUCAUGGCAUCAGCGUCGGAAGUCUUGGAAGGUACAGGGAAGAUCCGGUUUUUGGAAUCACUGUUGCGAAUUGCACUCUUAUUAAUACCUCAAAUGGAGUUAGGGUGAAAACUUGGCCAGCUUCCUUGGAAGGCAUUGCAUCCGAUAUGCAUUUUGAGGACAUUGUUAUGGUUAAUGUCAGCAAUCCUGUUCUCAUCGAUCAAGAAUACUGCCCUGGUAAUAAGUGCGCUAAGGCUCCAUCGCGUGUUAAGAUCAGCAAUGUUAGCUUCAAGAACAUCAGGGGGACUUCAGCAACACAAGUUGCUGUUGAACUUACAUGUAGCAGCGGCAUCCCAUGUGAAAAUGUGGAGAUUGGAGACAUUAAUCUUUCUUACAUUGGAACAGAAGGCCCUGCUACUUCCCGGUGUUCUAAUGUCAAGCCUAUUAUUACUGGCAAACAAACUCCGCUUGCAUGUGGCCUCGCUGUUUAAUGCACAUCCAAUUCCAUGCCAAAAAAAGGCAACCUCAUCAUUCUCCCAUGGGAGCAUUUUUUUUUCAGUUCCCUCUUAUAAGGAUGACAAGGCUGUCCUAUUUUAAUUGUUUGUGACUGAUUGAUGCUUGAUUUGUAAUGUUUGAUGGAUAUAAUAAAGGUUUAUCAUCGUCACAAUGUUGAUGGUGCUCUUCAUCCAA